AUGGCGCUAAUAAAAAGCUGGGUAACAGCAGCAGUGCUGGUGCUGCUGGCGUUGCUGCUCCCAGCAGCUGCCGAGGUGCCUCCGCCGCCAGACAACUGCACCGCCGUAUGCGGCAACGUGAACGUGACGUACCCGUUCGGCCUCGGUUCUGAAGCCGGUUGCUUCUGGCCGGGCCUCAACCUCACCUGCGCCGACGACGACACGAGGAGCGGCGGCAAACGGCUGCUGCUCGGGGACGGCUCGCUCCAGGUCACCGAGAUCUCCGUCGACAACGGUACGGUGCGCGUCGUGCGCACCGGCGACAUACAGAUCGACAGAUACGGCCACGGCGCCUUCGGCGGCGGCCUGAGGGACCACGGCCCCUACACGAUGUCGAGCGGCAACGAGCUCGUCGUGGUGGGCUGCAACGUGUACGCCUCGCUCCUGGAGAAGAACGACGACAACAUGAUCAGCGGCUGCGCCUCCUUCUGCCCCGACGAUGACCACGGCCGGGCCGGGCAGCGAGAUCAGGCUGGCAAGUACUACUGCAACGGCAUGGGCUGCUGUCGGGCUACCAUCGUCGAGACCCGCGACGACGUGGCAGGCGAUGUUGAGUUCAGUUGGCUCGGCCCGCCCAAGGACCGCAGCCGGGACGACGCGCCGCGCGUGUUCGUCGCCGUCGAGGGGUGGUUCGAUCAGAGACCGCUCUACGGUAACGCAAAUCUCACGUCGACGGUGGCAGUUCCCGUUCUUCUGAACUGGGUAAUCGUCGACGUCGAGGAAGAAGACCGUGCCCUGGUGGUGGUGGUGGCCGACGAGCUGGAUUGCAACAAAGAAACAACCCGUCGAAUCUGCAAGAGCAAAGACAGCAGAUGCAAGAUGAGAGGCAGAGAUAUCAACAAGUGCGCCAAUAAAGGGGCCCAAGGCUGCGUGCGCCAUGAUGAAAACAAAGAUCCAAAUACAGGUUUAGCUAUUGGACUAGGAGUUGGCAGUGGAGUGGGCAUUAUUGUCCUUAUUCUCAUUGUAUUUUUCAUGGUGCGGAGGUUUAAACAUAAGAGGGCAAGAAAGCUGAAACAUAGAUUUUUUCUGCAAAAUCGAGGACAAUUAUUGCAACAAUUGGUAUCUCAAAGAGCAGAUAUUGCAGAAAGAAUGAUCAUUACCUUGGAAGAGCUAGAGAAAGCAACUAACAAUUUUGAUAAAUCGCGUGAGAUUGGUGGAGGAGGACAUGGUACCGUCUACAAAGGGAUUUUAUCAGACCUCCAUGUCGUAGCCAUCAAGAAACCAAAAUUGGUGGUUCAAAAAGAGAUCGAUGAUUUUAUCAAUGAGGUCGCUAUAUUAUCGCAAGUCAAGCAUAAAAAUGUGGUAAAACUCUAUGGUUGUUGCCUUGAAACAGAAGUCCCAUUGUUGGUCUAUGAGUUCAUAUCCAAUGGGACCCUUUAUGAUCAUCUUCAUGAUAGAUCUUUGUCUUGGGGCGAUAGGCUACGUAUAGCCAUUCAAACAGCCAAAUCCCUAGCUUAUCUUCACUUUGCUGUUUCAAUACCUAUCAUCCAUAGAGAUAUAAAGUCGGUUAACAUACUUUUGGAUGAUACUCUAACAGCAAAGGUAGCAGAUUUUGGAGCCUCUAGGUACAUUCCAAUGGGGAAAUCAGGGGUAACAACAAUGGUUCAAGGUACAAUAGGAUAUUUGGACCCUAUGUACUUCUACACAUCACGUCUCACAGACAAGAGUGAUGUUUACAGCUUUGGCGUCAUUCUUGUAGAAUUGUUGACUCGGAGGAAGCCAUUUUCAUACAUUACUUCCAAAGGAGAUAGCCUUGUAGCAAAUUUUGUUACGCUGCAUGCUGAAGGCAAUUUGUCGCAAAUAUUGGAUCCAAGAGUUAUCGAAGAAGGGGGCAAAGAAGUUGAAGGAGUUGCUGCACUUGCGGUUGCAUGUGUGAAACUAAAAGGAGAGGAUCGUCCAACAAUGAGACAAGUGGAAUUGACACUAGAAAGCCUUCAAACAUCUAGGGAUCAUGUUAGCCAAGUGGUCGGGAGUUUUGGAAAGGAUGACCGUGCAAUGAAUUUUCCAUCAACUAAUGAUGGAAGAAACAUCGAUGAUUCAACCAGCAGACAAGAUAGCUUGGAAGAGGAGUUCAUGUUAUCCACAGAGUACCCUCGGUAA